AUUCGUAAAACGUGGUGGUACGUUUUUCUGGUUUUUCUAUGGGAAUUUCCACGGAUCGGAGUUCAAAAAUUGUGUAGUCCGCUCCGCAAUUCAAAAAGAAGUUCGUAAAGUGUUUCCUAAUGCAGACGCCGAAUUUGAUAUGAAUGUUCAAUUAUGGUUCGACAACCAACCAUCUUCAUCAGUAGUCAGAAACACCGAAGCUCAAAGAGCUGUACUACGCAGAUGUAUCAUCUGUGUCUGUAAUAUAAUAAUAUUUAUGAUUAACAGUUUUAAAUCCUAGUAAUUCGGAAAAGAAUUUUUUCUUUAUCUCUUCCACAGCGUGAACGAGGCCGUUUUAGAUAAUGCUGAUAAAGAUGGCCUGAUGAACCUCCACAACAACCGAGUCGGUCGAAAGGCUCUUCACAAAUUGAUGCGGCACCAAUGCAAAUGCCACGGAGUGUCGGGUGCCUGCAACGUCCGCACUUGCUGGACGACACUUCCGGAAUUCCGCGAAGUCGGCGCUUACCUGAAGGAGAAAUACGACGCCUCGCUGGAGGUCAGCUCCGACCCGUCGGGCACGACGCUCAUCACGGCCGACCAUCUCAACGACAACCGCAAGAGUCUCAAGACCAAUCCGCCGCAAGUUCACGAUCUCGUCUACCUGGAACACUCGUCCGAUUACUGCUCCUUUGAUCCGCUCACUGGUUCGAUCGGGACGGCCGGAAGACCGUGCAAUAAAACAUCGAAAGGAAUUGACGGAUGCGAUUUGCUGUGCUGCGGGCGUGGUUACGACACGAGGCGAGUGCUGGUGUCGACGCCGUGCAAUUGCACGUUCAAGUGGUGCUGCUCGGUCGAGUGCAAAACGUGCACCCAGUGGAAGGACGAGCACUUUUGCAAGCCGCUGCAGUCGUUCGAACUCAACAAAUUCAACGCCACCAAACAGCAGCAGCAGCAGAAUCAGAAGAAGAAAUGA